UGCGCGGGGUGCGGGCCGCCGUCUGGACACUCCGCGGGAGCGCGGCCCGGCGGCCUCGCCCGGGAGAGGGCCCCGCGCCUCCCCAGCCCGCCGGGCUCUUGGCGGAGGACGGAGCGGGCUUCCUCAGGCCAGGGAAAGGAGAGAGUAUGAAAGCCUAUCUAAAGAGCGCAGAAGGCUUUUUUGUCCUGAAUAAAAGUACUACAAUUGGAAGGCAUGAAGACUCAGACCUUGUUUUAGAGUCCGCUGACAUCGACAACCAUCAUGCGCUCAUUGAAUACAACGAGGCCGACGGCAGCUUCGUUCUCCAGGACUUCAAUUCCCGCAACGGCACCUUUGUCAACGAGUGCCACAUUCAGAAUGUGGCUGUGAAGCUGUUACCCGGAGACGUCCUGAGGUUUGGGUCUGGAGGGCUGACCUACGAACUGGUCAUUGAAAAUCCAUCCCCGGUCUCCUUCCCAUGGGUGAGGGGCCCAGCACCUUGGGUAAGGCCACAGUCACCUCACCCGAACCAGACACCCUCGCCGCCACAGAUGCCCUUCCACCCAGGCAUCCAGCCCACGGCAGUGCAGAAGAGCUGGUCCCAGGGAUUCCCCAGACCCACCCUAGUCACACCUGCCUCCCACAAGCGGCCUGUGAGCGCCAGCGGAAAGAUAUUCUCCUUCGGGGUGGAUACCACCCACCGGUCCCCCAUCAUCAAGCAAGUGUGGACCAACGCCGUGGAAGUGUCAGAACAGCCAGUGGCCAAGGGAAUUCCCGGAGCAGGACCUUCCAGGGAGAUUUAUGUGGACCAGGACCUGGCCCAGCAGGAUAAGGAUGAAAUAAUUCUGCUGCUGGGAAAAGAAGUCAGCCGCCUCUCGGAUUUUGAACUUGAAUCUAAGUACAAGGACGCCGUGAUCGCAAACCUGCAGAACGAAGUGGCCAGCCUGAGUCACAAGCUGGCGGAGACCACCCCCUCCAGCCAGAGUGAGAGGGUGAUGUCGCAGAAGUUUCAGGGGCUGGACGAAGACAUCGAUGCCAAACAGAGAGAGAUCCAGGCCUUGAAAAGCCAGGUCAGUGAGCUACAGAAAGGCUACAGCCAGGUGCUGUGCCAGACCCUUUCGGAGAGGAACUCGGAAAUCACAUCCCUGAAGAAUGAGGGUGAGAACCUGAGAAAGGACAACGCCAUCACGUCAGGGAUGGUGUCAUCUUUGAAAAAAGACAUGUUAGCAAAGGACGAGCAAGUUCAACAACUCAGACAGGAAGUGAACCAACUAAGAAGUGAGAACAAAGAAAAAGGCUGCCAGCUUGAAGCCCUCAGCUCCAGAUGCUCAGUACUGCAAGAGGAGUUAAAAAAGGGAGAAGCUCAGAAGGAGCAUCGGGAAGCCCAAGAGAAAGAGUUAAAACUCUGCAAAUCCCAAAUCCAAGACCUGGAGAAGGAAAUAAAGAAGCUCAGGGAGGAGCUGAAGAAGAGUAGUGCUGAGCAGAGCAUGAUCUCCAAGACACUUCGAGAAAAGAGCAAGGUUGAAGAGAAGCUUCAGGAGGAUUCCAGAAGGAAAUUGCUUCAGCUACAAGAAAUGGGGAACAGAGAGAACCUCAUUAGAGUCAAUUUGGAAAGGGCGGUAGGUCAGCUGGAACAUUUCAGGAGUCAAGUCAUCAGGGCCACCUACGGAGGAGUGAAGCCGCACCUGGACAAACCUGUCACCGAUCAACAGUUAAUAGAGAAGAUCACUCAGGUCACCGAGGACAACAUCCACUUUCAGCAGAAAAAAUGGACCCUGCAGAAGGAGACUCAGCUCAGUAAUUCCAAACAGGAGGAAAUCACAGAGAACAUUGAGAAGCUGAAGAUGUCUCUAGACAGCUGCCAGGCUUGCAUGAAAAUGUCUUGCUGUAGCGAUGACCUGAAGAAGGAGAUCGAACUUCUUCAGUACCUUCCGGUGAGCCCACCUGUUUCCGGGCUCCAGAAGGUGGCGCUGGACAUCCUGCGUCUGUCGCAGUCCUGGUUGGAGGCAACUGAGCAUGUCCUCCGGGACGUCGGGAUCCAGUUAUCCAGCUCUGACAAAGGAUUGUAUUUGUACCUGAAAUAUCUUCUGGAACAUUACCAAAAAAUUACAAGCCAGACCCAGGAACUUCAGACAAAGAUCAACAGUUCUCAGGAAACUCAGCAGUCUUUGCUACAAGAAAAGCUGCGGGAGCACCGGGCAGAGAAGGAGAAGCUGAACGAGGAAAGGCUACAGCAAGAGGAGAAGCUAAAAGCCAAAGUCAAGUGGCUGCUGGAAGAGAAGGCGGCUUUGGAGGAGAGCUUUACUCAAGAGAAAAACAGAGCAAAAGAAGCAUUAGAGGAAGAACAGAAGAGAGUGCAAGAGCUGGAGAACCGCCUAACCCGCCACAAGAAGGCUUUGGAGGAGAGCUUUACUCAAGAGACAACCAGAGUCAAGGAAGCAUUAGAGAAAGAACACAUCAGAGUUCGAGAGCUGGAGACUUGCCUGACCCGCCAGAAGGAGGUUUUGGAGAGCAGCAUGGCCUAUGAGAAAAGGAAAGCAAAGGAAGCCUUAGAGACAGAAAAGAGAAAAGUUCAAGAUCUGGAGAACCACUUAACCCAACAAAAAGAGAUUUCAGAGAGCAGCAUCACCUACGAGAAACACAAAGCGAAGGAGGCCAUCGAGAAGGAAAAGAAAAAGGUGCAAGAUCUGGAGAACCACAUAACCAAGCAGAAAGAGGAAAUAGAUUUAAAAGUGCAAAAGGAAGAUGUUUUAAAUAAUAAAUUAAAGGACGCACUGGCCAUGGUAGAAGAGACUCAAAAAACAAAGACGACUGAGAGUCUGAAAGCAGAGAGCCUCACCACAAAAUUAAAUGAAACAUUAACUGAACUGGAAACUGCCAAGACAAAAAUGAUCAUGAUGGAGGGGCGGAUGCAGCUGCAACAGCAGACUGUAAAGGCCCUCCAAGAAGAACAGAAAUCAGAGAAACACAGAUUUGAAGAAGAAAUCCUGGAAUACAAGGAGCAAAUCAAACAGCACUCCCAGACGAUCGUGAGUCUAGAAAAAAGACUCCAAAAAGUGACUGAGCACCAUAAAAAAAUAGAAGGAGAGAUCGCAACUCUGAAGAACAGUGACUCAGCCCAGGAGAAGGAAAUACAGCAGAACCCUCCCCCAGUGCCACCGUUGGAGAGCAGUGCCAAAGAUGCCCAGUGUGAGCUAUUGAUAGAGGAUUUAUUGAGUGCGCAGAAGGAAAUCCUAUCUCAGCAGGAGGUCAUCGUGAGCUUGAGGAAAAACCUUAUGGAAGCUCGUGGCCGAAUGUCAGAUUUGAGAGGGGAGCUUAAUGAGAAGCAGAAGAUGGAACUGGAGAAGAACGUGGCACUGGUCCAACAGCAAAACAAGGAACUGAGUGUGCUCAAGGAAAAUAUGGCGCAGAUGACCAGCCUGGUCAAGAAGAAGGACAGGGAGCUGGAGGUCCUCAAGGAGGCACUCAGGGCCUCCCAAGAGACACACAGACUUCAGCUACACAAGGAGAAGGAGCAGAAGCCCAGGAGUCCGACCCAGAUGUGUGACAUCUCAGUGCAGAUAGAACCAAUGCACACCGAUGUUUUCCUGAGCAGCCAAGAGGAGCAGUCCUUCAGUGAUCUGGGGGCCAAGUGCAAAGGGUCCCGACACGAGGAAAUCAUUCAGCGUCAGAAAAAGGCCUUGUCUGAACUCCGUGUGCGAAUUAAAGAACUCGAGAAGGCCCACUCGUCAGAUCAGAAGGAGCCCCUGAAUGAAUCAUUUCUAGACUUAAAGACUAUCAGAAUGGAAAAAAAUGUCCAGAAAAUAUUGAACGCAAAACCUGAUUUGCCAGCUUUCUCAAGAAUAGAGAUCCAAGUGCCUCAUGGUGGCCUUGCCAACUCAGGCCCCAUCCUAGCCACCGAGAAACCAGGGAAAAUGGACGUGGCUGAGGCUUUGGAGCUCAGUGAAAAGCUGUACAUGGAUUUGAGCAAGACGCUCGGGAGUCUGAUGAACAUCAAAGACAUGGCAGGUCACGUGUCCAUGAAAUACCUCUCCCCCAAAGAGAGGGAGAAAGUCAACCAGCUGCGACAAAGGGACCUCGAACUGGUGUUUGAUAAGAUCACCCAACUCAAGAACCGGCUGGAGAGGAAAGAGGAGCUCUUGAGAGGCUACGAAAAGGACAUGGAACAGCUCAGGCAGAGCAGAGUCUCCAUGCAGAUGUACCAGUCGCAGGUGGCCAGGCUGGAGGACAGCAUCUACAAGGAGGUGGAAGAGAAGGCGCUGCUGAAGGAGGCGCUGGAGCGCACGGAGCUCCAGCUGCGCCAGGAGAAGCGGCUCCACAGGACGGCCAGGCAGCAGAAGGAACGUUUAGAGGAUUCCGAACAGAGAAAUGCAAAAGAAUCAACACCUUGCAACUGUUCCUUCAAAGAGAAAGAGAGGCAGAGACGAAUGUUUGUAGAGACGGUGAAGAACAAGAUGCAGAACUCAAAUUUCCAGGUUGGAGCCAGAAAAGCCACCCCAAAGAUGGACCGAGAAAGAGAGACGGUGAAGAGAGACUCUUCCAGCAAAUCCAGCCAGAGUCUUCUGUUCUCUAAGGCUGGUGGAAGCAGCUAGAAAUGUCAUCCCACCCGGCCUUGCGUGAUCCUCCGUGAGUCAGUGUGACUCUUCUGUGUCAAAAUACUAAGAUGCUUUUACAGGACUUUAAAGGUUGUUCCCCUAGUGUGUUGUUUCCUAGACACAUUUUGCACAAUGCUGUACUUUGGGGUGUGUGAAGAGGGCCUCUUUUUUAAAAUACCUAUGAAUGUAUAUAUACUCAGGCAUAUGAAGAAUAUGGGUUUGAAACUCAGACUCCUAGGCCUGAUAGGUACAAUUAUGUAGUUCCACGUUUGAGUCGUGACAUACUCAUCACACAACUAAGGAGUGCCAAGAAAUCCAUAGUUAAGAAAACCCAAGACUGAGACUGGGGCCAUGGUAUCAUGCAUUUACAUCUGAGUUUAUUGUAAUAAAUUUAGAAUGCCAAUCCAUUUUAUCGCUUCCAUAGUAGAGACUAAUAUUUAUGUGGCACUCUGCAGUUCUCAUCUAAUCCUCCCCUAAACCCUGGGAGGUACAUAGUAUUUUGUUCCCCAUUUAACAGAUGAGGAUGCUGAAGCCCAGAGAAGUUAAGUGGAUUGUCUAAAAUCACACAGCUGAUAAAUUCAAGAGUCGAGACUGGAACCCAGGUUUCUAGUUCCGUCUCGUCCUUCCCGUUCUGCUGCACCAAGAUGGCCCAGGCCAUAAGGACAGACCAAGUACCCAGUCACCAAAGAGGACACACUGCCCAGGCGGACACACUCCUUUUUUGUUGUGUGUGGAGGGACCCUCAUUUUCCUUGGUCCACUCUCUGCUUGUCUCAUAUCCUGCCCUUUCUCCAACCAUCCAUCCUCUCACUGCCUCUUUUGUGUGGCCAGGACUGCCAGACAAAAUGGGAGGAGGGGCCAAAAGUCAUGAAUAUAAUUUUUUUAUUUUUAAAAGCCACAAUAAAAUAUUUUGAUAUUUCAAAACCAAAUACAUUCCUUGUACUGAUUAAAACUAAAAGGAAAUGGGAACAUUUCUUUGUGUGAUAUUCCACUGAAGGUACGUUUAUACAGGAUUAGGAUCUAACGUCAGUGAGAAAGGUGAACAUACCUUAUUUGAAAAAUACUCUUGAAAAUUCUGGAAGUUUUCCAUAAUUUCCAUUACUUAUAUUGUACCAUAUCCCAAAAGUCCAAGAUAGCAAGUUUUUCUCCAGCACCAGAAAAGAUUACUUGGUUAGGCAGUAGUUCAAGCAGCUGGUUCAUGUUUGGGAGCCAAAUUGUAUGGGGGGAAAAUAUGUUGUUUAUUGGUUGAACGUGUAUAUUUGAAUUUGCAUAAGUUAGAUGCAAUGCCUGUUGCAUCCAUUGCCUAUUGCAAUGCCUAAUGCUCCAUUGUAUUUUAGGUCUUUCAAAGGACAUAUUAAUUUUGAUCAUAUGAACAUUACAACCCAUGAUGGCAAUUUCUUUUUAUCACUUCUUGAACUAGUUUUUUGGGUGUCUCCUCUGCCACACACCCCUUUCCCUGAGAAUGCACCACCCCCCUAAUCAGGUUUGCCCUACCUAAUGCUUCUCUCUUGACCACAGCUGGUUGGCUGAGCCGUAGAUACCCUACCCAAGCCAGACCAAUCACAUUCCUCUUCUAACUCGAGCUGGGCCAAUCAGCAUCUCUGUCUUUGAUGUUUGAAAGUGGGACUCUGGGAUGACACACAAGUCGUUAGUGGUGCUGGAGCUGAGUCUUGAUGCAGUUCCAGGGCUGGGGUGGCCAUUUCCCCUCUUGUGUUUGAAGAUGCAAAGCCAGUCUUCAGAGAGAAAAGGCUGGGGUAGACAUGCAACCAGGAGAGACAAAAAACCCAGACCCCCAGAGAUACAGUGGAGCAGAUAUCACAAGCCCCUUAGUCGUCGCCUCCCUGUACUGUGUAAGCUGAAGGCUAAACACCUGGUUUCCCUUGCAGCUAGAGCUGGCCAUGUUAUUCCGUUCUGGCCAAUGACAUUGGGGAGGGCUUCUCUUCUGGAAUAAAAGGCAAGUCUUCACUAGGAGCGAGCUUUUUGCUCUUCGUCCCUUUGCCUUAGCUGCUCUUCGUCUCCUGGAGCUUAGCCUUGGAGCUGGAUCAGCCACCUUGGGGAUCAUCAGGCAACAUGCAAGAGGCAGAAGCCCACCUCCAAGGACAAUGGAGCGGAAAGAUGACAAGGGCCUGGGGCAGCAUCCCUGUCCUCUGUGUCAUGCCUGAACUGCCUACCUCUGUACUUCCUGUU